GAGGCGAGCAGGUCGCAGUGGCUGUAUCGUCAGCUGCUUGGGAAAACGCUGCCCCUAGCCCAAGAUGUGACUCUCUCCGGCAAAGUCGCUAUCGUCACCGGCUCCAACAGUGGCCUUGGCUUGGAGACAGCUCGCCAGCUGUUACGUCUAGGACUCUCCAAGCUCAUCCUUGCCGUGCGCUCUGAGUCAAAGGGCGAGGCUGCUCGAAAAGAGCUACUCGCUGAUACGGGAGCCGCGCCUGAAGAGGUUGCAGUCUGGAAUCUGGACCUAUCGUCAUACGAGUCCAUCACGCAAUUUGCGGAGAAAGCAAAAGCGCUGGACCGCCUGGACAUUGCCAUUUUGAACGCUGGGUUGUUCCAAGCCAAAGAAACGUUCAACCCGAAUACCGGUUACGAGCAAUGCGUCCAGAUUAAUUACCUCUCUAGCAUGCUUCUAAUGACGCUCCUCCUAGAUGCUCUCAAGCCAAAAUCAGGAGCUUCUCCAGGCCGCCUAGUCCUCGUCUCGUCCGAUACGGCGGCCUGGGUCGAGUUCAAAGAGCGAGAAUUGCGGCCCAUUCUGUCCAACUUCAAGAAAAAGUCGGAGAAGUGGGACAUGCAAGAGCGAUAUGGAGUAAGCAAGCUUCUUGGUCAAUUUUACCUUACGGAACUGGCCAAGAGGGUACCAGCGUCUAUCGUCACGAUCGAUGCGGUAAACCCAGGCUUCUGCUACGGAACGGCUCUCACGAGAGACGGAGAUGGCACUCUUACGGGCGCCCUCAUCAACGGCUUCAGGCGAAUAGUGGGAAAGCCGAGUUCCGUCGGAGCACUCUCUAUAGUGCAUGCUGCUGUUAGCUUUGGACAAGAUGCUCACGGGCAAUACACCGAGGAUGGCGAGAUACGGCCGAUGGCUCCGAUCAUCUACCAGCCCGAAGCCCAAGAGAUAGGCAAACAGCUAUGGGAUGAGACAAUGGCCGAGCUGUCGUUUGCUCACCUGGAGAAGGUU